AUGGUUCAGAUUGGCAACAGGAUCAUAAAGAAGAGACUUCAUGUGCAUGUGGAGCAUGUGCAGCAGUCUAGGUGUGCUGAGGAGUUCAAAGUAAGGAAGAAGAAGAACGAUGAGCUCAAAGCUGUAGCCAAAGCCAGAGGCGAGACAAUAAGCACCAAGAGACAGCCUAAAGGCCCCAAACCAGGAUUCAUGGUCGAAGAUAUGACCUUGGAGACUGUCACUCCUAUCCCCUACGAAGUCGUCAACGAUCUCAAGGGAGGCUACUAG